AUGGUCACCUCAUCUAUCGACGCCAACCCUCUUGACCCAGACACCAUGUACAAAUAUGGGCAGAAUACUCAACAAGCCCCUCCAAAGAGUGAUCUGGACGUGAUCAUGGAUCGGAAUGUCGCACCCUCUCCCCGAGAAGUGUGCGCUGAUCUCGCUCACCAGCAUGCUCUUGAAGAUCUUCAUGAUGUGACAGAGCAUGCCUCAGAAAAACAUGAUCCCAUGGACCACAAUCUGAGCUCUUCCCGUCGCUCUUCGGAUCGGGGCACUCAGUGUGAUGAGCCUCGCAAACCCGAGGAGUAA